AUGAAACCGUGCACACUGGUCCCUUCAACACAACUCUGCAUGAUGCUGAGCCUCCCUCCGAUUACUCUGUCCUCUCUUGAGAAGGGCCUUACUGCACUUAAGAAUAAUGCCCAGCCUCUCAUAGAUGAACUCAAAGCCAAACUUGCAUCUGGGUUAUCAGUCACUGAAGAUGAGGAAGCGUGGUUGGAUGGCAGUGCAAACUUUACAGACGAGGCACUGCUCAUUGCUGAGCUUCAGCAUGCAGAGGACUUCCAGAGCUCCUUUGACUCCCUUUCAGCCAGCCAGAAGGCAACUGUUCAGCCUGAAAGUUGCAGGCAGUGGCAAUUCAGACUGGCAUUCAAAGGGCUUCCAGGCUCCCAAAGAGCCAUCCCAGAUAUGGAGCCAUUGGCAAAGAAGGGACCAGUCUUCACCCAUAAAGAGACAGCUACUCUCUGGCAACACAUCAAAAUCCUUGAUUGGUAUCACAAGAAUGGAAAGAAUCAGACUAAGCCAGCCAGCCAUUUUGACCCCAUCUGUUAUAAUCGCGGCAUUGCAGCCCGAUCCUCUGAGCACGAUAUCACAGUGUCAUUAGAUUGUUAUCAUCCAGCUCUACACAUCGUACUUAUAUACAUUUCUGUGUGGCGCAAAUGA